AUGUCUGCGGUUCUAGACGAAAAGCUUUCUCCCGGUCAUGAUGACCUUCCCGGCAACGGCGCCGAUGCCCGUGGCACCAAGCGCAACCGCAUGAGCGCCGAUGAUGAAGAUGAUGAUGAUGACAAGCCCGGCCGUGAGCGUCGCAAGAUCGAGAUCAAGUUUAUUCAGGAUAAGUCGCGUCGGCAUAUUACUUUCUCCAAGCGGAAGGCCGGUAUCAUGAAGAAGGCUUAUGAACUCUCUGUCUUGACUGGCACUCAAGUUCUCCUGCUGGUCGUCUCCGAAACCGGCCUUGUCUACACCUUUACUACCCCCAAACUUCAGCCGCUGGUCACCAAGGCCGAGGGCAAGAACCUGAUUCAGGCAUGUCUGAACGCUCCCGACCCAGCCGCCAGUGAGAAUGGUGUCGACGCCCCCGAUGUCGCCCCCGAGGCCCCCGAAGAUGUGGCUCACAACAACGUCAACGCGCCCCAGGGGAAUAUGCGUCCUGGUAUUCACCCUGGCUACAUGACCAACGAGCAACAGCAGCAGAUGGCGUACUACCAGAACCUCCAGCAGCAGCAACAGCAGGCUGGUGGUCAGUACCCCAUGCCGGUCGGCGGUCGCAUGCCACCCCAGCACCAACCCACUGCUUAAAUGGCUUAAAUUAUGAUCUGAUCUGUGGGGUCCUUCUUACUCAAGGUCCCCGAUGCUGCGUCUUCUUCUCUGUUCUUUCCUCCCUGCGCCUCGAUCUCGCGUUCAUUUGAUACCCGUCUCCCUCUGCCGAUCCAUCAUCCCACUCUUCCCUCGGAAAUGGUCGCGCUGUAUCUGCAUGCGCCAUUCUCCAGGGCACUCUCGUGAGACUAUUUGUAAAUUGUCAAGCACCGCGCUGGAAUCCCCUUCCGGUCUCUCUUUGAUGAUACUGGAUCUGGUUUUUUUCCUUUUGAUGUUGCUUUCUAUCUCGG